AUGUAAUAAUAAAUCUGUCAAAAAGAAGGACAUGAUGAGGAGGAAGUGUAUGUCUGUAAUGAAUUAAAAUGUAUUGAACUUAAAGAAAACAAACUUUUAUGUUAAAAAUGCUUAUGUUUACAUAAAGGGAUGCAUUUUAAAAAACUAAAGGAAAAUGCUAAUGUUAAAUGCACUCAAUAUAUUAACAGUCUUCAAAAUGAUUUAGAUCAUAAUGAAGAAUUAAAAAAAAAUGUUGAUCAAUAAAUUCAAUAGAUAUAAGGAAAGAUAUUUCAAACUCUAUCUGAUUUGAAGAAGAAUAUUGUCUCCUAUGUUGAUUAACAAAGUGCAAUACUACAAUAAAAUAAAAAUUAAGCAGAAAAGUUAAUGCUAGAUUAAAAUCCUUAGAUAGAUUUAUAUAUAUAUUUUGGCAAAUUAUCAAAUGAAAAUUUUUAAAAUAAAUUAGACAUAAAUAAAUAACAAAUUAAAAAAUUGAUAGAUACUACAAUUAAUGAAUUAAAUUUUAAUAUAGACUAUAUAAAUCAACCAGAUAUUCAAAAACAUAAAGUUAUGGAUUAUGAUUUGUAAUAAUUUACUUUAGAGUCAAUCUUUUAGUAAUAACUUCCUUAUGAAUAUUGCGGGAAGCAUUUCGCUUAUAAAUCCUCAAUAUGUACUCACUCUGAAUGUUUAAAUUAAAAAAAUUUAACUUAUCAUUGUUUGAGAUGCAGCAAGAGCCUUCAUGUCGAACAUUUUCAAAAUGAUUAUUUAUUAGAGUACGAAUAAUUAAAAGAAUAACAAAAAGCAAAAUGUUAAUUUUUUUUAAAUGAAAAAUUAACAAUUUACGAAAAAUUUUAACAAUUAGUAAAUUAAUAAAUAUCUCAGUUAAGACAAGAGCAAAAGAAAUAAUAUUAAAGUUUUGAAAUAACAAUUGAAAAUAUUAAAAUUUUGGAAUAAUAAUUUCAAAAGAGUUUAUUUGUUUAGGAUAUUAAUUAUGUGUUUGGUGAUUUAUUAUUAAAUUUAAUUACUACAGAGGAAAAAGAAUUAAAUUAAUAACUUAAUAAUUAAUUCCAAACCUUUGUAGAAUAACUCUAACUCUGCAAAAUUUAAGAAAAACCUCUCUUUGUUGAGAAAUGUAAGAAUAUUUAAUCACAUGAAAAUGAGAUUUAAUAACUGAAGAAACAAAUAAGCGGAUUAUAAUAAGAAAUAAGUGAUAUGGAUUAAACUUUAGAUAAUUGUCAAUAAUACAUAUAAAAAUGUUGUAAUAAAUAACUUAAAAUACCAGAUAAUCAAAUACAACCAUAAAGAAAAAGAUACAAAUGA